AUUGUUUUGACUGAAAAUGCCGUCGGUUUCGAAAACGGCGGCCAAUGCGUCCCCUCAAACCGAGAAACCUACCCACUAUACAUACUUGAAGGAGUUCAGGACCGAGCAGUGCCCGUUGUUCCUCCAGCACAAGUGUACGCAGCACAGACCCUUUACGUGCUUUCAUUGGCAUUUUCUCAACCAGCGGCGAAGGCGACCCAUAAGGAGAAGAGACGGGACUUUUAACUACAGCCCCGACGUUUACUGCACAAAGUACGACGAGACCACAGGCAUUUGCCCCGAUGGAGAUGACUGCCCUUAUUUACACCGGACCACUGGUGACACAGAGCGCAAGUACCAUCUCCGCUACUACAAGACUGGCACUUGUAUCCAUGAGACCGAUGCUCGAGGGCAUUGUGUGAAGAAUGGCCUCCACUGUGCUUUUGCUCACGGGCCACAUGAUCUCCGACCUCCAGUCUAUGAUAUCAGAGAGAUCCAAGCACAAGAGGCACUUCAAAAUGGACAGUUGGGAUCUGGGGAAGGUAUUCCUGAUCUGCAGCCCGGUGUAUUAGCCAGCCAAGCUAUGAUUGAGAAAACUCUCACAGAAGACCCCCGGUGGCAAGACACCAACUUUGUUUUAGCCAACUAUAAAACAGAGCAGUGCACCAAGCCCCCAAGACUAUGCAGACAGGGCUACGCAUGCCCCCACUACCACAACAGUAGAGAUCGAAGACGAAAUCCUAGGAAGUUCAAAUAUAGGUCCACUCCCUGCCCUAAUGUGAAACAUGGGGAUGAAUGGGGCGAGCCCUCAAAGUGUGACAGUGGAGACAGUUGCCAGUAUUGUCACUCUCGCACUGAACAGCAAUUUCACCCAGAGAUCUACAAAUCUACCAAAUGCAAUGACAUGCGACAAACUGGAUACUGUCCCAGAGGACCGUUUUGUGCAUUUGCACAUGUAGAAAGAAUUCCCUCUACAGAAGAGACCAUGAGCUCAUUGUUAACAGUGAUACAGUCCAGUUCACAGUCCCAGCUGGGCUCUCAGCAGUAUUCAGAGUGUCCAGUCAGUGAGUGGAACAGUGGAGGCAUCUCCACCACCAACGCAUCCAGUAGCAACGGACAAGUGGGAAGUGUUUCAUGUUCUAAUAGCUCAGCUGUAACAUCAAGCUCAGGAAGCGACAGUUUGUUAUCCCCAGUGGGUUCCAUCUGCAGGCCCAAAUCCUUAACUAACAGUAGUUUAUGUUCAGAGUCCACCACAUCCAGUGCCUCAUCUCUGACGUCUAACUAUCCUAGAGCUCCGGGCUUUGAACGUGAGGAUCAGAUAAAGAAUAAGGGGCAGGUGGAUCAGAAAUUGAUGGACCAAGAAAAACAGACACAUAACACUGUAUUCUCUGCGGUAAACCCUUUGGCCUCAAGCUUUACCUCCAGUAUAACAUCCAGCUUGGCUUCUAGUAUUGGCUCAGAUAGUUCUUCACCCACCACCUUAUCAACAAUGAAUGCAAAAGCCACUCCUUUCUAUCCAGGGAGCACCACAGUGGAGUCUGUCAUUGGUUCUGCUCUGGACCUUAACUUCAGUGACAUCAACGUUGCAAGUCUUGAUAAGGAGUUAGAGGAUCAAGAUAACUGUGUAGGAUUGGCAAGUCAGAGGGUGCUGGCCGGAUCUGCUCCUGUUAACAUUCCUGGCUCCUUGGCUCGCUCGUCCUCUUUUAAUUCCUCAUCAUCGCUCUCCACCUCCCCGCUCAGCUCCCUCUCCCAGUCUCUGUCGCAGUCCCUGCUGUCUGGGACGAUAUCGCAGCAAAAUCAACCUUCAAAUAUGUUAACCAAGCAAGAGCACGGCCUCCUGGGAACACCCACCUCCUCUUCCCAGAACUCUUUGGGUUUGAAUGGAGGAGCUUGCAGCAUUUGGGACUUUGUAAGUGGCAACUUUUCCCCGAGUCCAUCGCCAGUGUUCAGCAGUCUAACCUCGGCAACCGGCAGCGCCGAUCUAGCCCGGCUUUUCAGAGAGCUGGACGAGGCCAAGAGAAAGAUCAAACAGUGGGAGGAGGCCUGGCAUCAAGUCAAACAGGCCUGUGAAGCUUGCCAGAAAGAAGCUCAUGAAGCGAAGGAACAUGCAAAAACGGCCGAGGCAGAGCGUCAGCUGGCUGAACAGAAAUGGGAGGAAACAGAUCGCAAGUUUAAAGAGCUCCAAGGGGACUUUGAUGCGCUUUGUCGCACCCCUGGAGCACCUCUGCUACGUAGCUACGGCGAGCUGGAGCAGCUCCCCUUGUCAAAGCUUCACUCCAUCCAGAGUCAGCUGCGUAAUGACCUAGACCUUAUAGACGGGGUAAUAUAUACGCUUCAGUCAAAGAAAUGUAUAGUUUGCCAAAAGCAUGAUCGUUGCAUUGUUCUGCAGCCUUGCCAACAUUAUGUACUAUGUGAGAACUGUGCGCCUAGUAGAACAGAAUGUCCCUACUGUAGAACGAAAUUAUUGAAGUGGUGAUGUAGAAUUACUCGAGGUACUAUUUAAAGAUUUAGCCCUUUGGAAAAAAAAAAAAGAACUACUAAUAGAUAUUACAUUUUCUAAAGAGCAACGUCUGUUUCAUACAGUGAUUCAAAUGAUUUAGAUAUUUUACUGACAGAACACAUAGUAUUAGGAAUUAGACAUAUGUACAGGAGAUUCUCGUUUUUUGCUCAUUUUAUGCCAGCGUGGCCUCGGUCAACCAGGUAGCUUUCUUUUUGCAAAACAAAUCAUUCCAACUAGAAUAUUAAAUGUUGUGCAAUUCUUGUAUUUUCAAUAUUCAAUCAUGAUUCCACCAAUUCAGAACAGAGAUUCACAAUCUGUUGAAACUUAAUCAUGAACAAAUCUGGACUAAAUGCAGCCGUGCUUUUCCCAAACAGAAUGAACAUAUACAAUACAAACCUGUUAAAUAGCCGAUACAGCGAAUACAAAGUUUGCCUUUUUGAAGAAAAAAGGUCAUUGAGUGUCAGUUUGUAUUUCUGCCCCCUUGUGUUACUGUUCAGAAAGUAGAAAUUCUGUCCUGCACUUACAAAAUAAUACGGUCCCCUAAAACUCAAACUUCUUUGCUAAAGCCACUUAAAGUCCACCCAGAGCAAAUAAGAUUUGUUAAACACACUAUCCUUUGUGUUACUAUUAAGGGUAGCUGGUCUGCAGCCCAUUUACCUCCAUACAGGAACAAUGAAACUACAAAUAUCCAAAUUGGGAUAAAAACUAAUCUGACAUGAUUACAGAUGUGCAGCCACAAUACUUUAUGCUAAAGCCAUUGUAGUUUGGCUCAUUGAACCAUCCUGGUGUUGAUGCACAUAAAAUGAGCAAAACUCAAAGUGGACUUUUUCUUUACUCAUAGAAGAAUGCAUCAAAAUCCAACAAAUACACUUUAAAACAAAUACAAAGUUCAACCACAUUAGCACCAUAAUCCCCCCCCUUUUGAAAUGUGGUGUCUUAAUAUCCUGUGCAGAAUAUGCAGCUUCUAGCUCUGACUUUGUCGACUUCAUUGUACUAAAAAAGCACUUAAACAUUUGGAAGGUCCAUGUCCUGAGGAGUGAAUACAGACUCACUUUGUUGCGGUGUGAUCGAUGAAAUGAUGAUCGAGAGUUAUUUUCGGCUAAACGUGCGUCUGACAGAAGACACUUCAUAAGCAGGUUUAUAAAAAGUCUACAAGUAAUGAGGUAUUAGAGCUGAAACAGAGCAGUUCAUGGGAAUAAGAAAGGAAACAAGAUUUUGCUGUGUUCCUUUUGAAGAUUAGCCACUUUGCUUGUACCCAUAAUUUCCUCUUUUUUAUUUUUUUUUUAAAUUGCACCCAGUCACGCAUCAAAUUAACCAACUUUCUGAAGAAUUUGUAUUUCUAACUAAAGCACUUUGUUGACCUGGGAUUUUGUUAAAGGGUAUAUAGAUAUUUGCUUUAAGCUGCUUUGUAGGUGUCUUUGUUUUAGAUUUAUAAGUUGUUGUUUUUUCUAUAUAAGCUAAUAUCUGAAGCUUUUGUGUCUACUGUGAAACGUCGCUAGAAUAUUUCCUAAUUGUUAAAUGAUGGCAUGGUUCUACAUAUUAAGAUUUCAUAGAAAAGUACUUCAUAGUUUCUACUUUCAUAGUUAGAUUUAUAACAAUUUCAAUCAAAUAAGUGCUAACUCAAAAUGCAUUUGAAGGCAUAACCAGCAGCUGUAAUAUCAGUAAGGCACAUGCGACAUGUUAAGGCUGUUUUCAAUCAGUUCCUUUUGUUUUCUAGAGAUUUCUAUAGCCUAGCCAUUUAGAGAAGCAUGUAUUGUAUUUGCAAAAAAAAAAAAAGAAGAAGCCUGAACAGGUGAUUUUUUUUGUAGGAAUCUAGCCUCUUGACCUUGUCGAGAACAUAUCGGCCUCGAACUCUAAAGUGCCUUGCCUUAGUUGAGAAGGUCAUGUGUAGAAUCUGUCCGAGCAAACACAAGAAGUUGAAGCUUGUGCACAGGUUACAUGUCUGUUGAACUUUGCAGAAGCGUUGACAUGUUUAUGACUAAUUGUACAUAUAUAUAUAGAAAUAGAUAUCUAAAUAUUUGCCAGUAUAUUUGGCCCGAUCCCAUUAAGUAAUUCUGCUGAAGAUCGUCGUAAACAAACAUUUGUCAGUGCCUGUGUGCAGACUUUAACCUUAGAGAUGAACCCCCCCCCCCCCCCCCCCAUGUCUAAGUACCCACCCACUCAUUCCUCGGUCGUGGUGCUCUCUGGUGCAGCUUCAGUCUUUAAGAAUAGUUUUUUUCAAUUUAAUGUUUGGGAGUAUGCAAACAUAGGACAAAUGGAUUUUUAUAGUAACAUAUAAAAUGCUUUCUUUUUUAAAAAAACAUUUCAUUUACUUAAAUUAGUUUUUAAUUUUAAUACAUCUGCAGUGAAUGAAGAAUUCCAUAGUUAACCUGUUAGUCCGAUUUUUGCGUAGGCAUUUGCAUUUUUCGCUUUCGGUUCGUAGUCUCAUCGAAAUGACCUUCUACUGUGUUUUUAUCUUUGCUUUCAAAAUCUAUAGAAAAUCAUGUAUCUCCAGGUACACCUUUUUGCUACUUAUUAAAUAUGGGGAAAUGCAUUGUUUACAUUCACAUACAUGACAACUAAGCAACUCAGAGGAAAAUAUCCAGAAAAAUGAUUCAUGGUAUUUUAGCAUUUUCUUGAUUAUAAUACAGCAUUAAAUGGCAGGCUACAUCCUUCUGGUAUUGCAUGUUAUUGCGAUAUAUAAACCAGCUACAAAAAAAAAAAAUAGAAAAAAAAAGUUUGCACUGUGUCUCACUGCCAGAAUAUUUGUAUUAAGUUAUAUUUAGUGUAAAGGCUAAUAACUUCUGCAAGCUUCGCUGCUACUGGGAAAGGUAUUAAUGUGGUUUCUUAUUAAACAUGUCGGUGUUUGAAUGUCGUGCAUCCACAGCUCCGAUUUAACAAACAGAACAUGUCUACUGCAUCCAAUUUGACCGAUCUUUAUUUGAUGGAAUUCUUCAUCUGUAAAUCAAUUCUGUUGUAUACCACUUAGAAUGAUGUCACAGACCUGUACUGCUGUCAAUUGUCCCCUCUUUUUUUUUUUUUUCAUUGAUUGAAGUUAAAUGUAUUUGUGUUGGACUCCCCCCCUCAUACACUGGAUUACAGUGUACAGUGCAGCUAAUUUCACAGGAUCCUUUUGGUAUAUUUUGUUUUUGCCUGUGAAGCCAAUUCAAUGAAUGAUGUCUAGUGUGAUAAUCUGAAAGAAAAAAAAACCGAACCAAAGUGGUGUUCCUAUAGUUUGUCCAAAAAAUGUAUUCCAAAGGGAAAAGUUGCCCUUGGAGAGAAUUUAAAUAAUUGCUUUGGUAUAGGACUGAUCAGCCUGUACACGAGAAGCGAGUGCAUACAGUUAAAAAUGGCUGCUCAGAGCAAAGUCCAAAGCUUUGUUACUGGCAGGCCUUUCCAGUUUUUGGAUGAAGUUUUGUUUUGAUAUUUCCUUCAGCGGGACAUACAGAAUGUCCUCUUUAGUGAGUAAACAACAGGACUAUGCCAAUGGCUUUUUGCUCACAUCAUUAAUGGACUAGAGCCCAUUCUUUUUUGCAGUUUUACCAAAGACCUGUACUGUUUUUCUUUGUUUUGUACUACAUUUCAUCCUUAGUUUUAAUUCAGUAUAUAGAUCUAAAAAUGAUUGAACAAGUAAUCACCUAGUACCUUAACUAGUCAUUGUUCAUUAACAUUAAUAAUGGCAUCUUUUUUUCUAUCUAAAGUUAGCGAUAGUGAGUCAAUACACAAAUGAACAAAAAUGCAUGGGUCAGAUCCUUGAAAAAAAAAAAAAAAAAAAAAAAAAAAGAAGUGUAUUUGUAUAUUUGAUUUCGUGUUCAGUAUACAUUGACGUUUAUGGCAGGUUUGUGCAAUACUGGCGAGCACAUGCUGACCUUAAGCGAGGAGUCAGUGUCGGUUUAAAUGUCGUCUACAGUGAAGGAAUGUCAAAGGUGAUGGCAUUUGUGCUUCUGAAGUGGCCAUAAUAAACUUCACUACAGUUGUGUUUUGAAGUCGACUUUGCUUAACAACAUAAUCUCAAUCACUCUGGAAACUGAUGGUUAUGCAUUAUAUGCUGUUAUGAUAGACCUAUGGUGACUGUAAGGUGCUUUGUUUCUCACUCUUAAGUUUUGUUUUUGUUUAAAAGCCGGGGUCCAAAUGAGUUUGUGUUUGUGUGAAAAUGACAGGGGACAGAUAAUGAUUGUGACAAACAUCAAUGGCAGACACAGACAUCAUUCAAGCUAUCAUUUGUUGUUGGCCCUUUAGUCGCUCUAUUGGUCUACUGGCCCCAAUUCAAGUUUUUAGUUUUUUGUUUAAUUCAAGAAAUGAAACAUUCACAUGGUAAGCACAGCUCGUAUUUCUUAACUUUUUUACAUUUCAAAUUUGUUGAGUUUAGAACGGACCAAUUACGCUCUCAAGUCAAUCUGUGCCUUCAAUCCAUCAUGAUGAUUGGUAUCAAGACAAUUUGCCUCCAAAGCAGACAACAAAAUCUAAUCAGUGAAAUAAAAAAAUUCCAGUGCCUUAAAGUGUUCUUAUGGACCAUGAUGUGAUGACUAAAAAUACCCGGGCCAUUUCAGCGGGAAAUGAAAAAGAGAUGUGCAGCAAUAGUCCCCGAAAGAGGAAGCAGAGGUUUAUAGAUGACGGAUUAUUGUCUGUGUCGGCCUGUAUUUGCCAUUCUAUCCAGACAACAACAACAAAAACAAAACAGCAAUAUUGAAACAAUUUGAGCUCAAUUUGUCAUUUGGCACCAAAAUCUUUGUUUUUUGUUUUUUUCAAGGAAAAAAAGCACCAAAUGGGAAGACUCUUGUAAAUGAACUGUAGUAAAUGUAUCAUUAAGCUCUGCAUUGAAAUAGUGAAAUCUAUUUUGCAUUAUUGUUAGUUGUUGUGUUGUCUUUCUGUUUUUAAUAUAAUGAAAAAUGGAGCCUGAAGAUUUAUGCAAUCUUUUACAUGUCUACGAGUAUGAUGAUAAUAAUAUGGAGCUGUUCAAAUUAAGUACAACAAUGCGUCGUCUCGAGUGAGUCAUCUGAAUAUGGAACCUGUUGUUCCAUAGACUUUCCGAGACUCCCAGUAGAAGACGUUAUUUUUAACAUUGAAGCCCUGAAAUAUUGAAUGUAUUGUUCUAAAAUUAGAUAUUCAAUGAAUAGGUCACUGGAUAUUAUGGAGCGCAGUUAAUUCAUUAUGAUGUAGCAUCUUAGCUGUAAACUGCUAUUCAAUAAACAUUUCUUAGAACUGAAACGAAUACAAAGCUCUCAAGUUUCUAUUUGUCAGCCUAAUGUGGAGAUCUAAGUAGAGAAAUGUGUUUUUCUCAGGGUCAUAACGGGGAUGAAAUAUAUAGAAUGUGUUCAAUCUGAGGAAAGUGCAUUUCAUGAAUUGAUUUACUAAAUGUCAGUGGGUUUAGAUAUUUAUAGAAUAUACAAAGCUGUAUCAAUAAGUAGGACAUUCUCUCCUGGUAAACAUAGAACUGAUUCUGUUGCUAUAUUGAUCUCUCUUUUUUUUUUCCUCUCUGCGUUGUGAACACAAACAAUAGGUGAAAGUCUUUAGAAUUCUAGAUGUUUUUCUUUUUCUACAUUAAGGAUUGUGUACCACAUCUUUUCUGUAGUGUAUGAACUAGUUUUGUUUAACACUUGAUACAUUGUGACACUACAGUUAUGCAAUGGUUUACAGAGUUCACAAAGUUAUUUUUUAUCAUCUUGAGAAUUAAAAUAAUUUUUUCAUCUGA